AUGAGUACUUCGAUGCGUGUAUCAACAGUAACAGCGAACAUCAGCAUAUACGGCUAUGGAUUUACUUUUGUAUUUGGUAUUAUCGGACAUAUACUUAAUCUAAUAACAUUCACUCGUCGGCAGAUUCGUUCGACUUCAACUAGUAUCGUUUUUCUCAUUAUAACUAUAUUCGACAUAUGCUAUCUGUUGAUGAGUCUCUAUGAUUUUCUCUUCAUCAACCUCAAUUUACCCCAAACCAGUCCGAAUUAUAUUUUUCUUUGUCGAUUCCGAACAUUUAUAAUUAAUUUCGUUCAAACCGUAUCCCCAUGGCUUUUGGUAUGUAUAGCAAUCGAUCGAUUGAUUCGUGCUCAUUCUCCACAUCAGUACAAGACCUGGUGUACGAAGCAAAACGCUGCUCUUGUCAUAUUUCUUACCAUUGCCUGCUCUAUAGCAUUCAACAGUCAUGUUCUUCAAAAUUCGUUCACCACAAUGUUCCCAACUUCACAUGUUGUUUGUGGCCCACCACGAAUUAACAUGACUAAUUACGCAGUUUUCUAUUAUUCCGCUUGGACUUUAUUACAAGUAUGCAUCAAUAUUCUUCUACCUGCGUUAUGUAUGAUUCUUUCCACGAUAGUUAUCUGUCGAAAAGUACGAAACAUAGUUGUCAGUCAUCGUAAUCAACAAUUUCAAAAACAAAUGUUACUUUUAAUGUUUUCAAAAAUCAUUUUGUUUCUUACCUGCACCCUACCUUACGGUGCAUAUCGUACGGCAACAAUCGCUUCUAUUGAUCUAACUAAUCCAGUCGAGCAUGAAAGAUUCCUAUUGAUUACUGCUAUAUUAACAAUAUUUCUGAACGCAAAUUAUUCAUUGACGUUCUAUGUUCACUGUUUAACAUCGACUUUAUUUCGAAGAGCAUUAUCUGACGCAUUCAAACAUUGUUACCGACGAACAAACAAAAUUCUGCCAUUAGUCCGUUCAAUUAACCGAUUAUAA